GCUUUUCAAUAGUCGCUGGUUCCUGUGGAUCAGAGGGACAAUGGUAGUCCUCAACAAUUGUAGGAAGAACAGAAACAUCAAAAGAAUGUUUAACCUUGGUAACCAGGCUGAUACGACAUCAGAUAAGAAAAGUUUCAAACGGUCAUGCGCUCACUGACCUCGUACACGACCGGGCCGUAUUUCUUUGUUAUCACAAAAGGACAUCAGAUAAGAAAAGUUUCAAACGGUCAUGCGCUCACUGACCUCGUACACGACCGGGCCGUAUUUCUUUGUUAUUACAAAAGGACCUUACCAAACAGACAGAAGCGUUGGAGACUGUCCUAUAUAAGAGCCGGCCCCAGUUCUCUCGAGGGAGGUCCAGGAAGUCACAUCCUAAAAACUUACUGGUCUUUAGAGGCAGCUUUGAUGGACACCGGCUUUGGUGGACCGGCUUUGGUGGACAGCGGUUUUGACCACACGAUCUUCGUCCAUGGCUUCACAGAUGUCCCAUACAAUAUUGGUGGAGGAGUCGGUAUCGACAAUAUAGAUCCAAAUGGGUUCAACCUGCUCUGCAUAGAGGAAGCCUUUGAGGAAGCGCGUCUUAGACAAAUAAGAUACAAACAAGAAUAAAGGAUCUGUCUACUAAUGAAUAACCCCUGUUAGUAAAACAAUACACAUGCAGGAAGCAAUAGUGAAUCUGUUCAUGCGGUUUGAUAAAUGGAUAACUGGUUUUAAUAAAUUUUGAGUCUUUUGUAUGAAGUCAAUCAAGUGUAAAGGACACCUCUAUAUAAAGGACAUAUUAAGAUCAAACCUGUUUGUUACAAUUUGCUUUAUAAUACAAAGGUAAAAUAACUGUCCUUUUAAUUAGGUGUCCUUGGUAGACAUGUUUUGUUUUAUUGACUGAUGUAAGCAACCAGAGGAAUGAAAUGACUUUAAUAAUAGGAUCAGCCUUGAAAGUGUCAUGAAGAUAUCAAUUGCGGAGUGAAUCCGAGUACUGGAAUAGCUUGCCAGCUCACAUUAGGGCCAAAAAUAAUUUUUCUAAUUAAAAGUUAUUUUUGGCCCUAACGGAAUUCGAAUUCGCACACAGGACGCUAGAUAUUGGCAACGAAGGAACUAUUUGGAAAAUGUUUAGGGAUUUAUGUCACAAUUUCUAAGACGAAAAAUUGACUUGUUUUUCAUGUACACGUAUUUCGACUUAAGCUCUCAAAUUUCGUGUCAUUACAUCGAGAUAGAAAUAAAACUCACAUGGCAGUAACACGCUUCCGUUAGCACCAACGUAUGGUGGCAUAUUUCUGCCAUCGUGUUAUUUUAGGUCGCGUUACGGUAACACGACUUGUCGAGAUAAUUAUGUCGACAAGUCGUGUUAUUAACACGGCAAGUCGUGUUAUUAUGGCGACCUGUCGC